AUGGGGCUACGCGACGCUCCAAUACACCCCGAAAAGAAGAACCCGUGCGAUGAUUUGAGAUGUGGCCCCGGGGAGGAUUGUAUCGUCGAACAGUGCAGAUGUCGUCCGGGUGUCGGUGGAACAAAAUGUGACCAUUGUGUCCCGGGAUUCUGGGGGAUCCAUCUGAUCGCGAAGGGCGCGUUGUCUUGUACUCCCCUGCCAUCACUAAAUCUGCGAUUUGACGGGCGCCAAACGGCACAUUUGGCGAAUAUCAAUCGAUAUUCCGGGUUUUCUGCCGCAGCCUCAAAUGGUGCAUUAAUGGACGUGUUGAUGGCAUAUGGGAAGCGGCUGCAGUUGAGGGUCGAUCAGAGGAGGCUAUUGUUACAG